GGCUCCAGGGGGAAGAUCGACGGCCCACCAACCAGGGUUUCAGGGGGAGGCCGGGUGGCCGGGCGGCCGGGCGGCCGGGCGGCCGGGCGGCCCACCAACCAGGGCUCCAGGGGGAGGCCGGAUGGCCCACCAACCAGGGCUCCAGGGGGGACAGUGCGUAGGAAAGGCCUGCAUAGGAAAGGCCUGCGUAGGAAAGGCCUGCGUAGGAAAGGCCUGCGUAGGAAAGGCCUGCGUAGGAAAGGCCUGCGUAGGAAAGGCCUGCGUAGGAAAGGCCUGCGUAGGAAAGGCCUGCGUAGGAAAGGCCUGCGUAGGAAAGGCCUACUUAGGAAAGGCCUGCGUAGGAAAGGCCUGCGUAGGAAAGGCCUGCGUAGGAAAGGCCUGCGUAGGAAAGGCCUGCGUAGGAAAGGCCUGC